ACAGAUGCAGUUGAUCCAUUUAUUAGUCUUCGUGUCAUUGGAAAUGAUCGUAAUGAAAUGACUUUUAGAGUCAAAAAGACAAAACCUCUUCAAAAACUUAUGGAAAUCUAUAGUGAAAGAAAUGGGUUAUCUAUUGGUACUUUGAGAUUUUUAUAUGAUGGAUUUCGAAUUAAGAAUGAUGACACUCCUGAAUCUCUCGAAAUGGAAAAUGGUGAUGCUAUCGAUGUUAUGGUUGAACAAACAGGUGGUGGUUUCUAAACUCAUGAAUUUAAAUCUAUCAUUUUAUUUAUUUGGUCGUAUAUUAUAUUAAGAUGUAAUUUUAUACGUUAUUUCAAAAUAAAUAAUUUUGUGCUUUAUGUUGUAAGAGAGAUGGGUGUUAGUCUUUUAAAUUAUAGUAGAUUCAGAUUCGUAAUUAUUAAUAUAUAUCAAUUUAUUGUAAAUUCUAU